AUGGAUCCGAUUGAAGGAAUUGUUAAAGGAGUUUUCAAAUGUCUAGGCCCAGACUUGGAGGACAACUUUUACGCUCUUCAGAGAAAAUUAGAAUUGCUGACAAGUCGUAAAGACGAUGUGGAGGAGGAAUUAAAAUUUUCUGGUGGAAAAAAGCGCAAGCAAGUGGUUGAAGAUUGGUUGAAUAAUGUUGAAGACAUAAUAACAGAAUUUGAAACCUUGCGUCGAGAAGUACUAUGCUGCAAAUUUUAUACACGACAAAAUUUGACUGAAAAGGUUGAAAUGAUGACCAAGGAAGUGACUGAGCUUCUCGAGCAAAGUGAUUUUCCUAAAGGGCUCUUUCAUGAGUUUGAUGCGAGUCUGAGAUGUCGUCAACGUCUUUCAUAUAUGUAUAGAUUGCUCAGGAUUUUACGGGAUGACAACAUCUCAAGGAUUGGCAUUUGGGGACUGGAAGAACCAGGCGAUAACCUCUCCAUUGAAUCCACAUACUUUGAUCAUGUUGAUCAUGUCAGAGUCUCUCAAGAGAGUAGCAUUUACAAAUUGCAGAGUGACAUUGCACAAGCUUUGAAACUAGAUUUCUCAUGUGAGGAUGACGAGGGGAAAAGGGCAUAUAUACUCUCCGAGGCAUUCAAGAGAAGGGGGAGAUCUGUACUUAUAUUGGAUGGUGUCAUGAAGCAAAUCGACGUAGAGAAGAUUGGUAUUCCUGUAGGAAUGAAUGGAUGCAAGUUGAUCAUAACAAGUCCAUGGAAAGAAGUUUGCCGUCAGAUGGAUUGCCAGAGGAUUAUAAAAGCGAACUCAGUCUCUGAGCAAGAAGCUUGGGAACUAUUCUUGAAGAAAUUUGGCAGUGUUCAACUUCAGACGUAA